CACUACUUAUCACUACACUGGGAGCUGGUGCUGUUCCGAGCACAUUCCUUACCAUAACUUACUUUGCAUUUCUAUUUUAACAGCCUCAGCCAGUGGAGGGCUUCCCCUCUCCCCAGUGGAGACAUGAUUGAGAGUGUCAGGUUUCCUGAUUGCUGGUGCGUGGAGGGAGAAUGUAAGCUGAAAGAAAUCUCUGACACAGUGAUUGUCAGGAAAGGGAGAGAGCUACUGCGAUUCACUUUACUGUGGGGGGAAAAACACCAGAAAAGAAUGAGCAGAGUAACCUUCUUUGAGGUGGAGAUCCUUGAUCCCAAGACAAAGGGGCAGCUAUGUUUUCUGGACAAGGUGGAACCCCAUGCCACUAUUGGAGAAAUCAAGUGCUUGUUUCAUAAAGCGUAUCCUCAGUGGUACCCAUCAAGACAGGCCCUUAAGCUUGAUCCAAAGGGGAAAGCAUUAAAGGAUGAUGAGAUCUUGCAGAAUCUCCCUGUAGGCACAACAGCUACUCUCUAUUUCAAAGACUUAGGUCCCCAAGUUGGCUGGACAAUGGUGUUUCUCUCUGAAUAUGCAGGUCCACUCUUUAUAUAUCUACUGUUCUAUUUCCGACUUCCAUAUAUCUAUCACCAUAAGCACGCGUUCACGUCCAGCCCAUACCCUGCCGUGACCCUGGCCUGUGUAUGUCACUCAAUCCAUUACAUCAAACGCUUGAUUGAAACGAUAUUCGUGCAUCGUUUCUCCCAUGGUACAAUGCCACUCAGAAAUAUUGUGAGGAACUGUUUAUAUUACUGGGGAUUUUCAGCAUGGCUCGCCUAUUACAUCAACCACCCUCUUUAUACUCCACCUUAUUACGGAAAUAAGCAAGUCAACUACGCACUAGCAAUGUUUGUGAUAUGUCAGGCUGGCAACUUUUCUAUCCACUUAGCUCUCAAUAAUUUGAGAAGUGAUGGAUCCAAGGCUAGAAAAAUUCCCUAUCCAACCAAAAACCCCUUCACGUGGCUAUUCUUCUUUGUGUCAUGCCCCAAUUAUACCUAUGAGGCUGGAGCCUGGUUCAGCUUUACAAUCAUGACACAAUGUGUGCCAGUGGGUCUGUUUACACUCAUCAGCUUCAUUCAGAUGACCAUCUGGGCGAAGGGCAAGCACUACACCUACAUAAGGGAGUUCAAAGAGUACCCCGACCUCAGGAUGCCGAUUAUUCCUUUCUUAUUGUAAGGGAAUUACAAGCUGUUAAAUGGAAUGAGAGAUGCAACAUAAAGCUGCAUAUGGCCUAAAUUGAAUCCAAUAUUAUAGCAAUUAUGUAGUACCAUUAAAAAUGUCUUUAUGUGCAAUAACAGGACUGUUCUGGAGCUAUAAUUUUGAUUUGAUCCAGGUGUAUGCACUUUAUGUGUUUUUGAUUUAGUUAACAUGGGAGAGCUAUAAUUGCUUUUAGGAAAGCAUGGUGCAGCUCAAUUCAGUUUAUCCAAAACAUAUAUAUAUAUAUACAUAAAUAUAUGUAUUUUAAAAAAGACAUUAUAUUGGUCACAUUUGAGAGACCACAAAUGUAUGACUUAUGGAAGCAGUGGCUCAGUGUAGCAUCUGCACUGAAUUAGCCAAGCAGCCGUGCAGUUUUAUGUGUUUGUCUUUCCCAUUCAUCAUUCCUUAAUUCACUGUUCCCUUUCAAUUCGAAGAUGACCAGCAACCAUACUUUUGGGAUAUGCCUGCCACAGGUCAGGUAUCCACUGAGCACUUUAUAUCAAA